UUCUUCUCAUAUUUUGUUAUUUAUUAAUUUGUUCAAUUUUCAAUGUCGUCUAUUAAUUCAGACUCUGAAGUAGAAGAAGUGUCUUAUCGGCCCUUGUUGACACCACGUGUCAUAAGACGACCAGUUCCAGUUUUGCCGCGGCGCGUUAGCGGCUCAGCAAAUAAUAACUCUGGCGCUAACCGAACACCAUACACAAAUGACAGCGACAGCGACGGUUCUGACGACGCAUCCUUUUUUAGGUUACGACAGCCGGCAAUAAACACACCGAUAGUUGAGAGCGAAACAAAUCAUAACGCGUCUUUUGAAAGCUCACGCAACAAAAGUCAACCUGUAGGUAGCAGCUUAGAUCCCAGCGAAGGCGAAAGCAGUAGCAGCAGCAGUGACGAUGAGGAUGCUGGUGUGUGCGAGGUGGUGUCAGUAAAGCGGAAGUAUUCGGACAGCGAGACUUCUUUAGAAGCUAGUAAGAGGAGAGCGCGAAGCGUGUCGUUGACGCCGCCUCCUGGCGACAGCGCUGGCAAACGACAGGUAGCGGUGCCUAUGCCAACAUCAGCCAAGGUGGCUGCUGUCUGUGGGCAGCAACAGGCUAGUUUUGGCGGCGACGCGCUUUUGUUGGAUUCCGAUAAUGAAACAACCCCUUUAAACAAUCAGUGUAGUCAGCAACAAGACAGGACGCAGAUACAUCAGUGGGACACGGGAGUGCAGGACCUAGAUCCAUCCCUACAGGCGGCAAUGUUCAACAACGAUACAUCAGGCGUUUCGUUGUUGGAAAAGAUCCAGGUGGAAUUUCAGCUAGUCUACGACGCCGAGUUUCUUAGCAUCGAUGUCCCAGCGACGUGGAAUCCCAAGCGCUGGGCUCGAGUGAAGCCUGGAAACCAGGAUAAAAUCAUAAAAAGGCUCAAUAACCGUAUUGCCGUUGUUGUCUUUUCUAAUGACACCAUUGGCCGCGCACUGCAGGCGUUUUCAGAUAACUUUACUAUUGACGUGAUGGCCACUGAUCCGGUACUCAAGCACAAUUCAAUGCGCAUAUUUCUCACCAGCAAGUUGUCCAGUCUGGGCAAUCUCCCUGUGUUUUAUGUCAAGGUAUUUCCGCGGUCUGUUUUCAACCGGAUGAUGGAGAAGGAUCAUAUGGCGCGUCAGCGGCAGGAUAUGGAGCUGGAGCAGGCUGAGCGAGAUUUGGAGCUUGUGCAUAGGCUGAGGCAGAACGCUGGAGAGACUUCGGAAUCGGUGGAUACAACGGAUAAUGCUGACUAUGGGUUGGGAGAAAGUGCGAGCGCUCCAGUGGGCAUUAGAAUCAAGAUUCGUGACUCGCAGGGUAAGGACGUUCUGCUGAUGGUGGCGCCGACUACGACUGUACAGUCUAUUAUUGAUAAUUACUGCAAAAUAGCUGGUCUGCCUGCGGGAACGCAGGUCUCGCUGGAGUUUGAUGACGAGAAGCUGAACCCGAAAGCCACUGUCGGCGAGACCGAUAUUGAGGACGACGAUAUGUUGAGCGCCAAUUGGAAGUAGACCUCUUAUUGCAUCCAAUUUAUCAAACAAAAGUUUCAAAAUCUGUGAACCAUUUUUUUCUUGCUCGCGCAGCCACACACAGGAUCAAAAUUGGUCAUAAUUGGUCGAUUUCACG